CCUGAUAUCUAACCUAAGCCGACUCUCAGCAGGAAUUUCUUCCUGGAAAAGCUUGUUAAGCAUUGGAAGGGGCUGCCCAGGUAGGUGGCAGAGUCCCCAUCCCUGCAGGUGCCCAAGGAAUGCCUGGACGUGGCACUUACCGCUGUGGUGGGGGUGACAAGGUGCAGAUGGGUCAAAGGUUGGACUUGAUGGUCUGGGUGGUCUUUUCCAGCCUGACUGAUUCUGAGAUGGGAUGAUGUUGUGAUAUCAGUGUUGUUUGUCCAGGACAGGCACUACCAUGACAUGCUGCUGUCACCUGCAAGGGUAGCAGUGGUGUACCAGUGUCUGCAAGUGCUGUGACAGGGGCUAAGGCACCCAGCAGGUACAAAAUUGUCUGCUGAGGGGGUGUGUACCUUCUGUGGUUUUAACUAAAACUUUUAAUUCCCUGUGCAUGAGAAAGAGUAAGCGAUACUUUUCCAUAAUUGUUCAAGCUUUUCUGCUUUGUCCUUUCAAUAUCUGGAACAUACUGUCGAAGGUAGAUACCUGCAUUUGGUAGAGAUAAGUACAAUGCAACUUAUUUCUUCAGCAUCCUUUGCAGAAACAGACAUCAGGUGGAAUUUACUGUAAAGAUACUCUAUACUUGUGUUUAUCACAUAAAUAGCUUCAGUGGCAGAACAGGAGUCAGAACUUGUGUUUGCCCUUCAUAGCAAGCAAAUGUGUUUGAAAGUAAGCAUGCAACUCUAUCUGUUCCAAAUUUCUCAGCAGUUUCUGAUCAAGCUGGGGAGCUGGAUAGGGGUGGUAACAUGGGAUAACACAGGAAGGUUAUCCUGCUUUGCAGCAGACAGUUUGAAUUGGUGUAGCCCUUCCUUAGGCCUUUGCUAAUGCUGUAUUUAGCUAUACAGUCCAACUAGCUGCAAGAUUAGGCUUUGGGGGGGGGAAAAAAAAAGAUCUGGAUGGAUUUUCCACUCAGCAGUUUCAUUUUGUGUGCUUUUGCCUGCGUGGGGAUCCUGAGCGCUGAUUAAAGCAAACUCGGUUGAAGUGCUGUAAACACUGUGCCGUGUGAGCAGCAGCUGCUGUGCAUCAGCAGUUCCCGGCCACGUGUGGGGCUUUAGACAGAGGCACAGCAUUGCCUGAUUUCCCGUGGACACUCGUGAGGCAAAAGGACAGCCAGAGAUGUCUCCCAGAGACGGUCAGAGGCACGGAGCACCAUCAGGAAAGGCUGGGCGACCUGGGAUUGUUCAGCCUGCAGAAGAGAAGGCUCUGUAGAGAUAUAAUUGCACCUUCCAGUGCCAGAAGGGAGCUCGCAGGAAAGAUGGGGAGACUUUUUAUAGGGACCUGGAGUGACAGGGAAAGAGGGAAUGGCUUCAAAUUGAUGAGAGUAGGUUUAGGUCAGAUAUUAGGAAGAAAUUUCUGACUCUGAGAGUGGUGAGGCCCUGGCACAGGGUGCCCCUGGAUCCCUGGGAGUGGCCAAGGCCAGGUUGGACAGGGGUUGGAGCACCCUGGGAUAGUGGAGGGUGGGACAACAUAAUGUUUGUGGAUCUCUUAAGGUCCUUCCCAGCACAAACCAUUCUGUGAUUGCCAUUUAAUUGAGGCAGAUUGUCCAGUGACUGUGUUGCAUGGAACAUUAGUAAAGGAACGUGCUAUUUUAUUCAUUUUACUUCCUUGCUGUUGCUUUUACCAGAUAUGUUAAAUUUCCCAUGUGUUCUUUCUACAACCCCUGCCUGAAUCUUGUAGAGAAGCAUUUCUUCAGGUGAUGAGUGUCACUGAUCUCAGAGGAGGAACUCAGGAGAGUAGAUUUUCCUUGCUGUGGGUAGCUGGUGCAGAAAUAGGUCCCAAAUUCAGAAUGUCUUCCAAGCAAAUGCAGCUGGCAGUGGCUUGGGUUGUGCAAGUGUGAUGAGGGGCAUUUGGCUGCUGCUGUUGAUGGCCACCCAUGCCCUUCCUCCAUGAGGUAAAAGAAAACACCAUGGAAAACCAUUCUGGUGAGAGCUCUGAUGGGGCACAGCUGAAGGAGCUCAUGCUUUAUCUGCAAGCAAUUUGCACUCCUUCAGUUGCAAACAGGCUUUCUAAAUUGUAGAGAAUUCCAGAAGCUAAGUCAUUUUCACUCACUUGCUUUAUGAAAUGAAAUCACUGUAUUUGUAAAACUACUGUCAGGUCUGAUGGUGUGGUCCAGUCUGUAUCUUGUGUGUGAAUAAACAUUUCCUCCAGCCUUUCCAUGCCAGAAGAAUGUUUGAGGGAGAAAUGGCAAGCCUGGAAGCCAUCCUGAAAACGCAGACGAUAAAAGUGCCUAAACCCAUCAAAGUUAUAGACCUGCCUGGGGGCAGUACUGCGUUUGCGAUGGAGCAUUUGGAAAUGAGGGGCUUGGUCAGACAUUCCGCAGUGCUUGGAACUCAGCUGGCUGAUCUUCACCUUCAUAACCAGAAACUUGGAGAGAAGCUGAAGAAAGAAGGGAGCAUAGUUGGUAAAGGUCAAGGGCAAUCAGAAGUCCAAUUUGUGGAUCAGUUUGGCUUUCAUACAGUUACCUGCUGUGGUUAUCUUCCACAGGUGAACGACUGGCAGAGUGACUGGGUGACCUUCUUUGCCAGACAAAGGAUCCAGCCCCAGAUGGACAUGGUUGAAAAGAAAUCAGGUGACAAAGAAGCAAGAGAACUUUGGGCACAGCUUCAGCUGAAGAUACCCAGUUUUUUCUGUGAUGUGGAAAUCGUUCCUGCUCUCCUGCAUGGGGAUCUCUGGGGAGGAAAUGUAGCUGAGGAUGAUUCUGGUCCAAUUAUCUUUGAUCCAGCUUCUUUCUACGGCCAUUCAGAGUACGAGCUUGCAAUAGCUGGGAUGUUUGGUGGCUUCAGCACUUCUUUUUAUUCUGCUUACCACAGUAAAAUCCCCAGAGCCGCAGGGUUUGAGAAGCGCCUGAAGCUUUAUCAGCUGUUCCACUACAUGAACCACUGGAACCAUUUUGGUUCAGGGUACAGAGGAUCGUCUUUAAACAUUAUGAGAAACCUUGUAAAGUAACUUGCUGCUUAAGCCAAAUACUUCCUGUGUUGUUUGGAGAGCCCCAUACUUGGUGGUGCAGCUGCAGGAGCAGUAAUGUUAAAAACAACCUGUGAGACCCUUGACCUUGUUAAAGACCUAGAACCAGUGUGUCCUGCUGAAUACCAAGUGUAAAAUAGUCAUCCCUUUUUAGCAUAGUUGGGGAUAACUCCAUGAGGGGAAAAAAACUAAGGAAAGAAUGAAUUUGCACAGUGAAUAAAGGUCUCAGUGUCCAGAAAGCAUGUGAGACUGUGCAGGGUAAUACAGUUUUAGAUGCCUGAAAGAAGUUGCUCACUGCAUUUUGCUGUGUCUUCCUCCCUCUUUAGGCUCUUCAUGUCCAGUUGUGUGCAUGAGAGCAACAUUAACGACAGAGCUUUGAAAGUACAGGAGAAUUAUGUAACAGGAACUGUGAGAAGGGAUUUGGACUUGCUAUUAAUUUUUCACAGAAUCAGAGUGGGUGAGGUUGGGGGGGAUCACAGAAUGUCAGCUAGUCCAACCUCCCUGCCUAAGCAGAUUACUUAGGAUUGGGUCUAGAGCCUUUUAAGGACCUCCAGGGUUUUGCUGAUCGAUUCCAUUGGAUGCAAACUGUGGGUGCCUCCUGGAGUGCUUGUAGGCUGUUCUGUGCUUUCUGCUGGUCAGUGGGCUUUUACCCACAGCACUUCUGCUUCCACCAGAACUAGUUCUCUUCCUUUUUUGGAUUAUGCUUUUGUCCAGUAGUGUGCAUUUUUAGAGAACUCUCCCAGUAAGACACUUUUGAUGUACACACCUUGUGGAGGUGUAUUCUCUAAUGAAAUAAAACCUGCACAUGCUUCUUGUGUAUGACUAGAGUCAGUCAAAAUCCACCUAAUCAUGAAACAACAUCAGCUGGCACUUUGUGUUUUCCACACCCACAAAGAAAACUAUAAAAUAUAACUUAAAAGGGGAAGGAGGCCCGGGGAGACUCCUGGGAUGGCUCACAGGCUGUAACCUUCUGCUUCUCCACAGGAUUGCGUAUCAGUUAAUAUUAUUCUAAGGGGAUACUACUGCUUGCACUUUCUGAUACCAGUGUGUUUAUCCACAAUAUGUCAAAUUAUUCUGGCACAAGGAUCAGUGAACCACAGCAUUUGUGUCCCUGGGGAUUAUAAGUGUGCCCAGUGUCGAGGCUGCACUGUUUGUACACCUGUGCUCGUGAGAGUUCCAAUGCAGACUCAGUGCUGCACUGUUCACUCUAAAAUGUUCUGUGUAAAGGUCUCCCAGGGCCUCAGCCAUGCCAGCAAGGGGAAGGUGUAGUAGACACCUCUGGGCUCAGUACUUCUCUGGAUAGCUUUGAUAGCAAGGGCAUCUUCCUUUCCUAAACCCUCACCUGGCAGUCCCCGCUGAGUGCACGCCGUGGCUGUUGGGGUAAGAGACAUGAAACUGGCAGAAGGCAACAUGUAACUCAUGGAGCAGCACUGCACCCUGUCAGAAGACCUUGGUGAUAGUUCCACAGACUGUGGCUUUAAUACUGAACCUGUGCUCUUUUGAUGUAGGCUGGUAGUGGUGCUUCUGUGCAAGCCUGCCAGGUAGGUGAGACAGAUGCAUGAUAUCUGACAUGCACUGUGAGUGUUCAGGAAUGGCUUGUACUAACUAAAACUGCUUUGCACUGGGCAUUGGCAGAUUCCCGAGGGUUUUCUAGCUGCUAGUUUGGCAGUUACUUACACAAAUUGAAAACACGUUUGGAGAAGACUGAUAUUUGGUACUACUUCCCUUAAUUCUACUACUUUUCCCACUGGCUGUUUGACUUCUGCUGCAAAAAAAUCUGCUUGGUAGAAUAGGUUUUCCUUUUACCUUGUUACCUGAAUAAAAGGUUUCCCAGUUGA